AUGUAAUGUUUGUAUAAAAAAAAUGGUUGGUGAAAAGGAGAUCCGAAAAGUGACAAUUUUUGUACAUUUAUUUACUUAAUAGUCCAUUUGUUAAUUUCUGAACAAAUAUGCCAUUGAGACAAGUACAUAGGUGAUAAAUAAUAAAACCAUGGAAGCUCCUAACGAACUUCUUAUGCAAGCAAUAUAUGAAAAUGACAUGAAAUUUAUUGGUUGUUGCUUAACAGGAGGUAUGGGUAUGAAUAAGAUUUGUUCAAAUGGAAUGACUCUUCUGGGGGCUGCAGCACAAACUGGAAAUUUAUCGAUAUUAAAGAUACUAAUAGAUUACCAUUGUUGUUCAUCUUUAUCAGACUACAGAAACGAAAAUAAGAAUAAGCCACAGUAUUUGCAGCUCGAUUCAGAUAACCAAAAAAGAUACAAAAAUAUCGGUUACUUUGUAGUUUGCAGGGACUUGGAUGAAACAGAAUUUGGGGAUGGCCCCACUCCUGAUGGUAUGGAAGGUUUAGAGUGGGACAUGGAAGUUAGUGAAUCACAUUUUUCCACAGAUGAAGACGUAGUAGAAGAUGGUGAGAUAAAUAUGUAUAAAUGGUAUGCAAAUAUUUUAAAUCGUACGUCUGUGAUGCUUGAAUCGCCUGAAAGGGAUAUCGGUAGACUUGAUAGACAUGGUCAGAGCGUAUUACAUUAUGCCGUCAACUCGGGAAAUAUUGACAUGGUGGAAUAUCUCAUGGCCACUCUUGGCAAAGAUUUAAGCAUUAACCAAAACGAUGCUUGUUGUUUUAGUCCAUUACAUAUGGCUUCGGCUAAUGGAGAUAUCGAAAUGGUAAGAUGGUUGUUGAGAAGAGGCGCAAAUGUAAAUGCGAUGGGAGGAAGACAACGGCAAAGUUCUUUACAUAUUGCUGCUAGAGCAGCUCAUUUGCUGAUUAUAAAAGCUCUUGUUGAUGCAGGAGCUGACAUAAAUGUAGUGGAUAUAGAAGAGAGAUCAGUGCUUACGGUGGCUGUAAGGCAAGGUAACGAAGAAGCUAUAAGAUACUUGGUGAAGGCAGGUGCUAGGGUUAAUCAUGAAGAGCCUGGAGGAGUUACUCCAUUACGUCUAGCAGUGUGGGCUAACAAUGCCCCCGUCGUACAGAUUUUAUUAGAAAGUGGAGCAAGACUUGUACAUUCACAUCAUCUAGUGCACACAGCCGUUUCUAAUAAUAAUCUGGAGGUUGUAAGGAUGCUGGUUGAAAAGGGAGCCAUGUUGAAUGCCAAGGAUGAUCAAGGAAAUACUCCUCUUAUGUUGGCGUGUUCCAGGAAAAAUUUAGCCAUUGCCAGAUAUUUGAUCGUACACGGGUCAGAUGUCAACGCUGCCAGCCACAUAGAUGGCAAGACUGCCCUCCACAUCUGCGUCCAGGAUGUACGGGAGGCAAAAUGUGUCCACCAGUUGGUAGACUUACUAGUGCGUCAUGGCGCCGACAUGAACGCUCCCAGCUACCAGGGUAGUGUCUUGUUUUACUCGAUAAUCCUAGAAAACCGAAGUGCUGCAACAGCCUUAGUUCAACACGGGGCAGACGUUAACCUGAGGGACGAAAGAGCUUACGUGGAUAACCUCAGUCUAGCCAAACGCCAUGGCGAUCUAAAUCUAGUCAAACUUUUAGUAUACGGGGGCUUCCGAUUGUCAGAAAUGACGUGGGAUCCGCGUGCUUUGAGGACUCAGUCGUUGGAUCCUGCAUGUGAUUUCUUAAUAUCCGUUAAGACAAAUCCAUUAAAUUUAAGGGAAUUAUGUAGGAUCGUUAUAAGGAAGCAAAUCGGGCCCAGAGAACUUAUUUCUCGUAUUUCCACACUGCCUUUACCUUCAUUACUUCAUAAGUAUUUAGCGUUAGAGAUUCUAUAAGAGGAUUUAUUGACAAGUUAUAUAUGUUGAUCUCAUAUUGUUAGGGUAUUAUGUUAUACUAGUCAGUUUUAAUAGUAUCCAUAAUUUUAUUUUAUAAUCUUGUGAUAUUAUUAAUAAAAUGUA